AUGCCUUCAACCAACGCACCCGUUGAUAGCAAGUCGCGGCAGUCUUCAGGAGGGAGAUCAUUUUUUGGGCGGAAGAUACACAAAGAGAGGUCGCAAGACUCGUAUAGUCCGGAUGAUGGCGGUCCAGUCCUGGAGGUGCCCAGUACCACCGGCAGCGCCAAUGGAUCAAGAUCUUCGAGAUACUCGCACAGAUCGCAAAUGCCGUCUGAGGACGCAGGGCAAGACGGAGAUAACUUGGGCUUGUCGAUGACUGCUGGCGUUAUCACGUCAAUACCUUAUGAUAGUGUAUCACCGGGUGGGAAGACCCCUAUUUCCGUGGAUUACUUGCCGAAGAACGACAUGAGUCUUCCCCGGAAAGAGCCCUUACCGCAUCACUUGGGCAAAGGAGGCAAAGACUUCCAUCAGUAUCCUUCAUUCAACCCCUCAGAAGCUACAAAUGGUUCCUCACAUCCUACUGGACCGCGACCCCCACCUCAUUCAUCCGCUUCACAAUCAUCCUUGAAGCCCUUCAACGGCAUUCUUCCUACACGCGACAGCAGUCGCAAACCCAUACCAACUGACUCCGGAAGCAUCUACAACGAGUCACACAGCACCUACAACUCCAACUCCACAGGCGACACAGCUUCCAAUCACCGAAACUCAUUCGAUCAAAUGAGCGUCCUCUCCGCAGCUUCGUCUGUUACACGAGGCUCCAGCAUCUUCUCCUCCGACAACUCAUCACGAACUGCUGUGCAGGAAUCGCGACCAAGUACAUCAUCUCGGGGCUCACACCACCAUAACGCUUGGGCACCGCAGCAACCCUCGGGUUUUAGCUCCACUACAUCAUUCAAUCCAGACGGUUUCCACUUCCCACGGCCCACUGAUGAUCGAAUCAUCGAAAAGCAGUUUGUCGACAUGAUGAACAAGCGCAACUGGCAGGCUAUGCCUGAACAAGCGCGGCGGCAGAUGAUGGCCUACCCUACAAGUAAAAAAUGGCAAUUAGUACAUCAAGAUCGGAUGGUAGAAUGGCAAGGAGAGCAAAAGAGAAGGACUAAUGCCCGACAGACGAUGCUUAGCCACGAUGGUUCUCAAGGCAUCCUGACAAGAGCAGACGAGGAGGGAAGCCCCGAAUGGUAUGUCAGGAGGGUCAUGAAUGAUACAAUAACGCCGAAGCAACUGGGUAGCCUGAGUGUCAGUUUGAGGACACAACCGAUCAGCUGGGUCAAGUCAUUCGUCGAAGCGCAGGGUCAAGUGGCCUUGACAAAUGUUCUUGCGAAACUCAAUCGACGACAGGGCCAAGGGCCGGCUCCUGCUUCAGGUUCUACAAGUGACAAAGAUCUGGAUCGCGAGUACGACAUUAUCAAAUGUCUCAAAGCUUUGAUGAACAACAAAUACGGUGCCGACGACGCUUUGGCUCACCAACAAGUCGUUGUAUCUCUCGCAACCUCCCUGAUCUCACCACGGUUGACUACUCGCAAAUUGGUCAGCGAAGUCUUGACGUUCCUAUGUCAUUGGGCAGAAGGAGAGGGGCACCUGAAGGUGCUCCAAGCUAUGGACCAAGUCAAGAGCCACCAGGGCGAGAACGGGCGUUUCGAUGCCUGGAUGCGGAUAGUGGAAGUCACAAUAGAUGGUAGAGGCAAGAUGGGCAGUCUUGUGGGUGCCAGCGAAGAGGUCCGUAGUGGAGGCAUAGGCAUGGAGAAUCUCCUCAUGGAAUACGCACUUGCUACACUCUUCCUAAUGAACAUGGUUAUCGAUGCGCCGGAGCAUGAUUUGCAGCUGCGAUGCCACAUCAGGGCUCAAUUCACGUCUUGCGGUAUUAAGAGAAUCCUAAACAAGAUGGAAGACUUCCAAUACGAGGCCAUCGACAAACAGGUUGAGCGAUAUCGAGAAAACGAGGCCAUUGACUACGAGGACCUGCUUCAGCGCGAGAACAGCAGCAUGAAAGAUGAUAUAGACGCAGAAGUCAAGGAUAUGCAAGAUCCGUUGCAGAUUGUGGAUGCCAUACAGUCAAAGGUACAGGGAAGCCGUGCGCAGGACUACUUCCUUUCUGCCAUGCAGCAUAUGUUGUUAAUCCGAGACAAUGAUGGAGAAGAUCGAUUGCGGAUGUUUCAACUAGUCGAUGCCAUGCUCAGCUAUGUUGCUAUGGAUAGGAGACUGCCAGACAUGGACCUCAAGCAGAGUCUCAACUUCUCGGUUCAAAGUUUGCUGGAUAAGCUGCACACAGACUCCGAAGCGCGCCAGGCAUUGGAUGAGACUACCGAGGCGAGGCAAUUGGCGGACUCUGCUAUGGCUGAGCGUGAUGAGAUGAAGGCAAGAAUAGACAUGGGAGCCGAUGGACUGGUAGCGAAGUUGCAGAAGCAAUUGGAAGAGCAGACCCAGAUAAUAGAGCUUCAAGGACGGCAAUUCCAGGCCUUGAAAGCCGAGCUUGCUGAUCUCCAACGGAUUCGCGCUGGAGAGUUGCAAAGGAACGAGCUGGAGACAAGAGAGCUAUACCUUAUGCUUCGUGAUGCCCAGGAUUUCGCUGCUUCUGUGGCUAAGAAGGGCGUCCCUGAGGCGCUUGCUUCGACGGACCCGAAGAAAAUGCAGGGCAUCUUAGACCGCGAUACUCUCAUGUCUCGAUUGGAAGUGCAACUUGAGCGGGCGAAGACGCAAUGCAAGCUGGAGGGCAAAGUCUGGCAGCAAGCUGGUCCUUCUGACAGGUUAAGGGAACUGCGCGAGCAAAUGGACGGCGGUGAAUCGAGUCCCUCAGAAGAAGACUUCUCAAGCAGGGUGACGAGGCAAUUCAGUCCUGGUCCCCUUGCUAUGACCUCGCGGAGCAAGAUACUCAAAGGUCCAAGGCGCGCUGCUGCCGAUGCUUUGGCUGCGAGCGAAGAACAGGCCUACCGGAUGUCGGGCGAAGGCGAUGCAAUCAUCUAUGAGAAACCGCGGAUUAUCGAGAUGAGCCGGCCCAAGAUGAGCACCAAACAAGCCACAGGGCUCUUGGGCGAAAUUGCUGCCAAGGUUCGCAGGUUCGAUGCAAGCGACGACGAUGAUGUCGACGGCGACGGUAUUACCACUGGACCUUCUCACCCAAGUCUUGAGUCUGACUCGCCCAAGACUCCUAUCGAUGAGAUUCCGCCUCCGCUUGAGAAGUCCAAGGAAAUGCCACCACCUCCGCUACCCACAGCGACCAUAAUGCCCGGUUUCGAGAUGGGUCCCCCGCCUCCACCACCGCCUCCUCCACCGCCUUCGCUACUUCCAAUGGCUCCUCCAGGACCGUUCCCCUCAGUACCAGUGGCUCCUCCGAUGCCUCCCCCGUCCAUGCCGGGCUUCUCUUCAGGCGCUCCCCCCCCCCCCUCCCCCAAUGCCAGGCACACCUCGGACAGCGACAUCGUCUGCCCGGACUUCAAUGGGUCCACCUCCCAUUCCCGUGCACCUCCUCUUCCGGGCCCACAAAGAGGCGGCUACUUUCCCCAGGCCCAGUACAACCCAGCACCCACUUUCGGGCUACCCUUCAUUCGUCCGAAGGGGAAGCUCAAGGCUAUACAUUGGGACAAAGUCGAUGCUCCUCAAGUCACAGUCUGGGCUUCUCAUACUCCAACCCAUCAGGCUAAAGAAGAGAAAUAUAUGGAGCUGUCAAGGAAAGGUGUUCUAGAUGAGGUCGAGAAGCUCUUCAUGGCCAAAGAGAUCAAAAAGAUUGGUGCUGCCAAGGGCGGAAAGUCUGACAAGAAGCAGAUUGUUGGAAGUGAUUUGAGGCAAAAGUUCCUCAUUUCAUUAUCCAAGUUCUCGACGCAGUCUGCCGACGAGAUCGUCCGCAUGAUAUUACACUGCGAUAAGGAUAUGUUAGAUAACCACGUGGUCAUGGAAUUCUUACAAAGAGAAGACCUGUGCGUAGUACCUGACAACACCGCCAAGCUCAUGGCUCCUUACAGCAAGGACUGGACUGGACCAGACGCAGAGCGGACGCAAAGAGAGCAGGAUCCGAGCGAGCUCACGAGGGAAGAUCAGAUAUACCUGGCGACUGCAUUCGAGCUCCAUCAUUACUGGAAGUCAAGAAUGAGAGCUUUGUCACUGACGCGCACUUUUGAAGGCGAAUACGACGAGAUAUCAAGGCAUCUGAAAGAGAUCGUCACUGUCUCCGAGUCUCUGCGUGACUCGGUUGCCUUGAUGAAUAUUCUCGGCCUUAUCCUAGAUAUUGGUAACUACAUGAACGACUCGAACAAGCAAGCCACUGGUUUCAAGCUGAGCUCGCUCGCGCGCCUAGGGAUGGUGAAAGAUGAGAAGAACGAGUCCACUUUUGCAGAUCUUGUGGAGCGAAUAGUUCGAAAACAAUACCCACAAUGGGAAGGCUUUGUCGACGACAUCGGCGGUGUAGUCACUGUGCAGAAACUUAACGUCGAACAGUUGCGCCUGGACGCAAAGAAGUAUAUCGACAACAUCAAGAACGUACAAAUGUCACUUGACUCCGGCAAUCUCAGCGACAGCAAAAAGUUCCAUCCACAAGAUCGUGUCAAUCAAGUUGUACAGCGGUCCAUGAAGGAGGCCCGACGGAAAGCAGAGCAGAUGCAAUUGUAUCUUGAUGAGAUGAAUCGGACUUACGACGACAUCAUGACGUUUUAUGGCGAGGAUAGCACGGACGAGAAUGCGAGACGGGAAUUCUUUGACAAGCUAGCCAAAUUUGUUACUGAAUGGAAGCGCUCCAAAGAAAAGAAUGUUACCAUGGAAGAAACCCACAAACGAAAUGAGGCGUCCAUGGCCCGCAAACGUGCCAACGCCAAAGCCGUCAAUCCUGCUGCCGCCAACUUUGGUGCCGAUAUCCCAGAUGGUCCCCUGUCUCCUUCAUCCACCGGCGCUAUGGACUCCCUCCUUGAAAAGCUUCGAGCCGCCGCUCCCCAAGCCCGGGACACUCGUGACCGUAGGCGCAGAGCACGGCUCAAGGACCGACACCAGGUCCGCAUCGCUAGCGGUCAAAGCAUUCCUGACCUGGGGGAAGUAUCUAACAGCGGUACUGAGAACGAGGAACCUGAUAAGGCCUUGCUGAGCCCCACAGCGGCCACCGAUGGAGAGGCCCCUAGCGAGAAAAUGGAACCUAUUAGCGAAGGCGAAGACGUCGCCGAGCGCGCCGCCAGCAUGCUGCAAGGUCUUCGUAGCAAUGCCGAUGCCGAUGCCGAUAGCGGCAGACCUGGCAGCAGAGAUGGCAGUCUUCGCGUAAGAAGGAGAAGAGAAAGCGCAAACGACGAGCGACAGAACCGGCGAAGUAGAAGGAGAGGGAGAGAAAGCUCGAGCACGGCUGGCGAUGAAGCGGAAACGCUCAGUCCGAGACAAGAGACUCCUAUACCUGAGAUCCAGGAACCAGAGGGCGAGGACGGCGGUGAUGAGGCAGAGGAGAUGGACGUGCCGAAGACCUUCGUGGUGCCGCCGAGUCCCGAGGGAACAGCGACGAAACCGCUGCUGUUGGAUGACUAA